UUGUGCUCCAUUUCUCUCGGCAGAUGCUCAUGUUUCCAGAAGGAACAACAACUAACGGCCGAGCUCUGAUUAAAUUUAAACCUGGAGCGUUUCUGGCCGGUGUUCCCGUCCAGCCCGUGCUGCUCCGCUACCCUGGAGAACCGGACACGGUUCGCUGGACCUGGAAAGGGCUGACGUGGCUCGGAGCUCUGUGGCACACCAGCUCUCAGAUCUACACCAGCGUCACCGUGGAGUUCCUGCCCGUCUACGCGCCGUCGCAGGAGGAGAAACAGAACCCAGAGUUAUACGCAGAGAACGUACAGAAGGUCAUGGCUCAAGCUCUCAAUGUUCCCGCCACUGAUUAUGUGAUGGAGGGCCGUUUUCCUGUGAAGAAACUGGGAAACCUCUCACUUCCCCUGGAGCCUCCGGCACAGGAAACACUCCGCCUGCUCCAUGAACACAGCAACAACCACCACCACCUCAACAACUACACCUACCUCAACCACUACGACCACAACUACACCUACCAAAACUACAACUACAACUACACCUACCACAACUACACCUACCACUACCACGACUACAACUACACCUACCACAACUACAACUACCACGUCUACAACUACACCUACCACAACUACAACUACCACGACUACAACUACACCUACCACAACUACAACUACCACUACCACGACUAG